AUGUCCAAACUCGAAGAAAAAAUUGUUUGGAAGGAAUCCGCAAAGUUCACCGUCCUGCAAAGAGAUUUCAGUUUGUGCCAUGUUUUGGGCAAAUCGGUUGUCAAGGUAGGCUACCUUCAAUGUGGUGAGUUCGAGGCAACCGCACAGAGAGCCCUGAUGCUUUACUUUGAGCAGGAAAUGAGCCACCUAAAGAUGCAUCCUCUUCAUGUGUGA